GCUCCCCCUACUAUCUCUUUUCUUCUACAACUCUACCAGUACCAUCCCAUCAACCAUGGAGGACUUCACCGAAAAGAAUAGACGGGUCUUUGAGUAAGUCACCUGCAGCUGCAUGCCAAAAGAAUCAACGGCUGAUCAAGGUCACAGGAAACUGUCCAAAACCUACAAAGACGACUUUAGCGACGCCAUGGCCAAGAUGUACCGCACAGUCCAGGAGCGUCGCCUCUGGGCUAGUGACACUUGGACAGACACGGAAGCCGGAAAAGGAAAGGAGAUCAAGGUCCUCGAAUAUGCAUGUGGUCCAGGAACCGUUUCUUUGGCGCUGGCACCCUUCGCCACUCGAGUUGUUGGCUUGGAUAUCUCCGAUGGAAUGGUUGAGGAAUACAACAACAAUGCGCGUGAGGCUGGUUUCGCAGAUAAGAUGGUCGGCUACAAAGGCAACCUCUUCGGGGAAUCCGGGUCAACAGAACUCUCAGGUCCCGAGUUUUCCGACUUUGACGUCGUGGUUGUCAGCAUGGCCCUGCACCACUUUGAAAAGCCGGAUCUAGCCGUGAAGCGGUUGGCGGAGCGGUUGAAGAAGGGCGGGACGUGCUUGAUUAUCGACAUGAUCCCAAAUGACCAGCAUCCUCAUUCUCACGGAUCAGACCACCACCCGCAUGGACAUGGACAUGGUCACUCUCAUGGACAUGACGACUCUCACGAGAAUGAAGAGGAAUUCACAGACGCCAAACAUACGAUCAAGACCCAUGGGUUCACCCAGGCUGACAUGCAGAAGCUGUAUGAUGCAGCUGGAGUCGGAAUGAACUUUGACUACCAGGUCCUAGAGGAGCCGUGGUCAUUCAAUAAGAACGGGCACAGUUUCUCCAUGACCAUUUUCACGGCGAGAGCGCAGCUUUCAUAGGAUGUAGGGGAUAGCUUUUAAUUCGAAGACCAUAAUUAUUGCCGGACAUCGG